UUCAAUAUUACAUUCAUAUGAAUAUAAACUAAUAGUCAUCAAUAUAAUAUCAGAUUCAUCUCGUUCUCGUAUGUUUGUAUUUCUGCACUAAAAGACACAGAUUUAAUCAAAAACGAAAACAAAGUGUUUACAAUCUGCAUGCCCUGCUUUCAAUAGCAGGUACUAUCCCUGAUAGACUCCUCCUCCUUUCACUUUCAACAUUAAGCAUGUUUAAAAGGCAGCCAGCACACUUUCGCUUCAUGACAAUCCCACGAGGAUACAGACGAGAGCACAAAGAUACAGACGAGAGCACAUCUUCUACCAGGACGUAAAGAGAAGUCCUGUCUGCCUCUUCAAGAUGCUGAACGAGAGAGCCAACGGGACCUCUGUUGUCGGGUCAGAGACGACACACAGAUGUGGCAAGUCCUGCCUCGGUCCUUUGACCUUCCACCCUCUGGCUGUGGGAGACAUGGUCACCUUGAGCCAUGGGUGUCGACUAGCAGAGAGGACGAGGACCACGUUCAAGGACGGCCUGGUGUUCGGCAGCCGCCCGGUAAAGAUCCGGGAGAAGAUUCGCCUGAGGGUUGAGAAAGAUAUGUUCAAAUGGCAUGGAGCUCUGCGUCUGGGCUUCACCAACGUGCCGCCCUCGCACAGAUCUCUGCCCCUGCCCAGCAUGGCCAUCCACAACCUCAUUGGCGUCCAAGGCCACUGGGCUGCCCCAGUGCAUGAAUCCCAUUGCCUAGCAGGUUCAGAGCUGGAGUUCUGGAUCUCUGAUAACGGCUCCGUAUUCGUCACAAGCACCAACCUCAAGCGGCACAAGCUCCUGACAGGAGUGGAUCUCAGCCGGCCGCUGUGGGCCAUGAUAGACAUCUACGGACACACAUGCGCCAUUUCCCUCCUGGGCUCAAAGAAAAGCAAGCUACUUAGGACCAGACGGUCCUGUCCUGCACCUGAACAACUGAACUCACUUGAUGCUGACAAACACAACAGUUUCAUUCCUUUCUCAAGGCGCUCUGGAAACAGUGAUGAACGCAUCCCAUUUGACAUGAAAGCCCCAGCAGGUGGAGGCAGCGUAAUUGAGUGUGUGGUGUGCAUGGAUAAGCAGGCCAGAGUCACUUUGUCUUGCGGCCACCAGUGUUUAUGUACCCAGUGCGCCCCAAGAGUCUUCCGACAGUUGGGCUCCUGCCCGCUGUGCCGAUUCAAGAUCAGCGCUCCCUCAGUGGACGGUAUUUGAGGUGUGUCUCUGUGCUGCUCGAAGGUCCAAAACAGCAGGCAGGAUAACUGCUGAGUGACUGUGACAAAAAAAACUCUGAGGAGCAACUUAAUGUUGCCCGAUCGAAGCUGAGCCAGCAACCUUUGGUACACGCCAUUCAACUCCAUCGUCCGUCAUACGCAAAUGUUGUACAGCAUGUGUAAACUGAGAUGUACUGGGAUGUUGAGGUGCUUAUAUGAGCUCCUCGUGUGAAAGAAUGUGGGACACUUUACUGCACUUUUAUUGUGAUUGUUAGAUAUGGAUGAAGGCCAGCCAGCAUGUGACUUUUUGGCAAAGACAAUCAAUGGCAAAUAAUGAUCUGCACUCAGUUGAGCACAAAGUGUAAUGUAAUUUACAGUCACAGGCACAGCACAGGGUAAUUUGCUUCCCUGGUGUUGUAAAUCUUGAAAUAUUCUCUAUUUUUGUAAAAAGAAAAAUAAUAAUAUAUAUCUUUUCAUAUUAUUUGAUUGUAAAAAUAUGACUAUCAAUACAAUGUAUUAUGUCUAUCACACAAUUGUAUUUUCUAUCCUUAUUUUCAAACUUGUUAUGAUAUUUGAUAUAAAUGUUCGGUGUCUAUUUGCUUAUUAAAUUGAUACAACUGUUAA